CUAGAAUUCCAUCCGUGCAAUGAGUUUCAAGGGAUUCCAGAAAGCCAUUGUGCGGGCUCCGCAGAACUUGCGGCAAAAACUCAACAUGGGAGAGACCACCAACGACCCUGUCUACCAGGAUGCAGAGAGAAGGUUCAAAGAAUUAGAGGAUAUGACGAAACGUUUGAGCGAGGAGUCGAAGCGGUACCACAAAGCAGUCAAUGACAUGCUGGAUAGACAGCUUGGAUUUUCAAAGUCGAUUGAGGAAAUAUUCAAGCCGAUUAGCGGCAAGGUGUCGGACCCUAACUCUACCAUUCCAGAAGGCAACCCGGAGGGUAUUGAGGCUUGCGUUCAAUACAGAGAUGUUCUUCAGGAGCUCAAAGAGACGCUUAAACCCGACCUGGAGCUCAUUGAGUCCAGAAUUGUUGGUCCGGCGAACGAGCUGUUGCGCAUCAUCCAGGCUAUCCGGAAAAUGGCAACAAAGAGAAAUCAUAAGCAACUUGAUUUGGACAGACACCAAAACUCGUUAAAGAAAGCCCAGCUGAAAGCCGAAAAGAAUGAGAAGAUGGAGGAAAAAGUGUACAAGUACGAGAAUGAGGUUGCCAUUGCUCAGCAAGAAUUCGACUACUACAACGAGAUGCUGAAGACCGAACUGCCUAUCCUCUUUCAAUUGGAGGGCGAGUUUAUUAAGCCCUUGUUCGUUAGUUUGUACUACAUGCAGCUGAACGUUUUCUACACGCUCUCGUCUAGAAUGGAGGAAAUGAAGAUUCCAUAUUUCGAUCUGAACUCGGAUAUUUUGGAACAAUUCGCAAUCAAGAGAGGCGACGUCGAAGAGAGAGCUGAGGCCAUUGGACUGACGCACUUCAAGAUCGGACACGCAAAGGCCAAGCUUGAGGCUACCAAGAGAAGAUAUGCUUCCGGCCAGCAUCCAGAUGCUUCAUCUCCAACUUCAUCUUACGGUAGUGGAUCCGCUUACGGCCAAUCUUCUCCUCUCACUGCUUACGGCCAGUCUUCGCCUCCACCAUAUGGACAGAAUUCUCCUACGCCAGCUUAUGGCCAAACCUACGGCCAAACACCACCUACCACCACGUCGACCUAUGGCUAUCCAGAGGACAAGAAAACGCCAUAUGGCGCUCCCCAGCCUGCUUCCUACGCCUACUCGUCCCCUAAUUCUUACACCUCCGCUUCUUCGCCGGUGGUUCCUCCUGCUCCGGCUGCCGCUCCUGCUGCUGCACCGGCAGCAGAAACUUGUACCGCGCUGUACGACUACACGGCUCAAGCAGAAGGAGAUUUGUCUUUUAGUGCUGGACAGGUUAUCACCAUUUUGCAAAGGUCUGAGAACCAAAAUGAUUGGUGGACCGGCUCUGUAAACGGUGUGACUGGAGUGUUCCCAGGUAAUUACGUUCAGCUCAAUUAGGCGGUGUAUGGGUGCAAUAUAAAAUAAGGGUACUUCGGCGUCUGAAAAAGAAGGAUAUAGUUUUUCCCACUUUGUUAUGGACAGAAUUGCAAACACAUAUACCAGCUUUGCAAGCUCUGUCUCAACGUUUGGACGAGUCUUCUUUGUUCCCUAUGUGCUUUCGAGAGUGAUUCUGCAAUUUGCACAUUACAAUAUUCUGAAUGUUCUUUCGUAUACCAAACUUUUUAUUUUGUACCACUACAACAUGAUUUUGAUGAUUAACGGAGCUAGAGAGGACGAACUGACUUUCCAGGAGUCCUGGGAACAGAAAAAACGAUUUAACGUCGUCAGAACGUACAAUGAAACAAGACCUGUAGCAGAAGAUGUCAGAAGUUGGUUCGAAUCGCCUGCGUUGCAAGCUAUACCAAGUAUCACAUGGAAAAGAACAGCAUACUAUUAUGAAAGAUAUAUUAUUUACGCUCCCAUUUGCACACUCAGAAGACUUCCCUUUGUGCCAAGCAAAACAGACUCUUAUUUAUUUGACCCCCAUUCCACCUCCGCUCCUUCAGCGGAUAAAGAUGGCCAAUUGCUUGAAAGAGAGUCUAGGUUCCCCAACAGUGAUGCUAUCAGAGACUCAAGUCGCGUCAUAGCACCACGAGUCAGAUCAGACUUCACCCCAAAAUCCUAUAUCUUGAGUUCUGAGUCGGUGAGACAGACACAUGACUCGGGUCAUCUGGUUUCCCAGACGUUCCCAAUCAAAUCUCCAUCAAUCACUAAACUUUUCGAGCAACCAGCAGAAGCACCACCACCCUCACCAGUACCUAUACCAAAAGAGCAACAUGCGAUUGAGGAUAGGCCGAUCAAAUCUUCAGACUCUAACUCGUCUUUUUUUUAUAAGAUCAGAAUACGGAGAAAAAACAAACCUCAGGAUCCUAAUUUUGGAAAUUAUGAACUCGUGAGACAAGCGAUCAGAGAA